CCCAAAUCUCGCUGGAGAAACUAACAAGGAAGCGAAUGGCGGAAAUGUAGAGCCACCUCACGCUUUCAGUUAGUCAUUUCUGGAUAUAGCUCUUUCUUUUCUUCUUAAAAGCAGAACCGAGCCCAGAGUCCAGCAGAUGUCUUCAGGCGAAAGCACUACGCGGUUCUGAAGAAGCGAUGCGAUCGCUUUGAGUCGCCUGACAGGGUUUGUAAAGUGGAUGGACGGAUGGGCAGUCAGUGAGCCAGCUGAGAGCGUCCUGUCACCGACAGCCUGCCAGUUUAAACACCGACAUAUGGCCCUGCCGCUCAGUUAGCCGAGGGAGACGAAGAAACGACGCGAGCAUCAUGUUUCUGAAAACAUCGUUCACCACCCUGAUCGUGGGGGUGUUUGUGGUCUAUGUGCUCCACACCUGCUGGGUGAUGUACGGGAUCGUGUACACCAAACCCUGCAACAACCCCAAAGGUGCCAACUGCAUCACACCCUUCCUGGCUGGGAACCCCAAACUGCAGCUGAGCAUCUACACCACACUGCGGUCGAACGCAGAAGGAGGCCAUACUCUGAUCCACAAAGAGGAGAACUUUGAUGUCAACAGCAAGUUUGAAAGGACAAUCAACGUCUCCCUACCUAAGAAAACCCGUAAUAAUGGAACUCUAUACGCACUAAUAUUUGUCCAUCAAGCUGCCCACGAUCCGUGGCACGAUCCACGACAAGUUCACUUGGUUGCUCAGCUCACCACGUACAUGGUCCCUAAACCGCCUGAAAUCUCUCUGAUAUCUGGGGAAGAUAAAACAAAGGGUCAGAAAGAAGGCCAGCAGAAGAAGCUGCAUGAUGCAGCGACAGGGGGCGGAGCCAGAGCUGGAGCCACCUCUGUGUCAGACCAUCCAGUUUCACACUGGCGCUCCCGCCUCACUGUCAACAUUGUCGGUGACCACUUCCUCUUUGACAGAGAAUACCUCCCAAAUGAUGUCCACAGAUACCUCAGAGUGUUUCAGAAUGGGAAGAAGGUGGUGUAUCUACCUCUGCUGUUUGUUGAUGAGCUCAGCAACCGGGUCAAGGACCUCGUGGAGAUCAACAGUACCACUACAGAACUUCCUCUGAUCAUCUCCUACGACUCAAUCUCUCUGGGCAGACUUCGAUUCUGGAUCCACAUGCAAGACGCCGUUUACUCUCUGCAGCAGUUCGGGUUCACAGAGAAGGAUGCUGAUGAGAUUAAAGGGAUCUUCGUGGAUACCAACCUGUAUUUCCUGGCCCUGACUUUCUUUGUAGCGGCUUUCCACCUCCUCUUUGACUUUCUGGCCUUCAAAAAUGACAUCAGCUUCUGGAAGCAGAAGAAAAGUAUGGUGGGAAUGUCCAGCAAAGCAGUGCUGUGGCGCUGUUUCAGUACCAUAGUGAUUUUCCUCUAUUUGCUUGACGAGCAGACCAGUCUGCUUGUCCUCAUACCUGCAGGGAUCGGCUCUAUGAUUGAAGUUUGGAAAGUGAAGAAAGCCUUUAAGAUUCAAGUUUUCUGGAAAGGAGGCAAACCCACAUUCCUGUUUGGAAAGUUAGAUGAAUCUGAGAGGAGAACGGAAGAAUAUGAUACCCUGGCCAUGAAGUAUCUCUCAUACCUCCUUUACCCACUGUGUAUCGGAGGGGCAGUGUAUGCACUAAUAUUUUUACGAUAUAAGAGUUGGUACUCGUGGCUGAUUAACAGCUUGGUGAACGGUGUUUAUGCAUUCGGGUUCCUCUUCAUGCUUCCUCAGCUAUUUGUCAACUAUAAGCUGAAGUCUGUUGCCCACUUGCCCUGGAAAGCCUUCAUGUAUAAGGCAUUCAAUACCUUCAUCGAUGACGUGUUUGCCUUCAUCAUCACCAUGCCAACGUCUCACAGACUGGCCUGUUUCAGAGAUGAUGUGGUGUUUCUCAUCUACCUUUACCAGAGAUGGCUCUACCCUGUGGACAAAACAAGAGUAAACGAAUAUGGAGUGUCGUACGAUGAAAAACCCAAAGAGAAGAGUCACUAGACUCGGAGGAAUUUGCUUUUAUGAUCUGGAAUCUGUGGGUAUUGUCUUGUUUCCACUGGUGUCCACUCAUCUUUAUCAACUGGAAUGAGUUUAAUGGUCAGGGGUACAUUUUUGUUGUAUAUGUUCCAGGCACAUAAAUGUGCUUAUGGUUCAGACUUUUUCCACCCUGUUAAAAAUUGUUAAAAGGGCAACAUCAUCUUCUGCUUCGUCUGACAGUCUGACGUGGCCUUCUUGUUUUGUUUUGGGGUUUUUUUGGUGGGGCGGGGGUUAGUUACAGUGUGUGUGAUGGGACACAGUGACAGUGUAUUUUUAUUUUUCCAGAGUUUUAAAUGCACAAAGGAAUCUUUAUAAUUCUUAACAAUGCUACGCUCGUGUUUUGAACAAGUUGGAUUCAGCCUCCUCCGACAGCUGGCAGAUGUAGUAUAUCUACGAGCUGCAGAGAAAGAGCUGCUUUGCUCAUCUGAGAGCUUUAUUCAGUAAGAAGACAUAAUCCAGUGGCUUGUUGUAUACCUACCAGAUAAGACGGCCUUCAAGUAAAAUCAAGAUAGCUGUGUGAUGGCAGGGAUAGAAAGACUGUGCUGUGACAAAAAAGGAGGUGAAGCAUUCUGACUGAUGUUUCAGGCAGCUCAAUAAUAUUGUUCCAGACAGUCUCAGAAAAAUCAGGCUGUAGUCAUAAUUGCAGCUUUUGUCCUUAAGUGGCCACUAUUUCUAAAUUGGUAGCUGGUGUUUAUGGUAAUUGGAAUAAAAUAUGAAAGCUGCAAUAAGCAAAGGUAAGCCAUACAGAAACUAAAAAUGAUAUAUUGUUAGCUCUGUUGAAUAUGUAAAUUAUCAGAAAAUAUGUUCAUUCUUUUUAAGCAUUUCUCAAUAACUUGGCAAUCUGGCUCUUAAAAAAAAAAAAACUGUACAAAAUUAUAUCCAAAAUGAUCACAUGCAUACAGUUGGCAUUUGUUAGUUCUGUGACAAAGAACGGUCAUGUUUAAUGCUACAGUCACACUAGAGAAAACAGUAGUUGGAGGCCACGGCACGACCAAAACCAUUCUGCCGGUGUUCUGUAAACUUGUAAGUCAAAGUGACUUUAGUGCAAGACGGCGACGAAAUGGCAGUAAGGCCAAUAAGACAGUCUGCUAUCAGUUUGCAACUGAAUAGGAUCCAGUUGGCAAUUACAUGCAAUCUGCUUAUGAAGAGAUCUGUUGAUAUCUGUUACAAAUUCACAUUAAACCCUAGCAUUCAGAGUCCGGCAAGUGUAAAAUGGGAAUUCCUCCAUGAAUAGUGAUGUAGUUGAUGUAAAGUAUUCACAUUUUUGUUGUCUUUUUUUUUUUUUUUUUCUCCUAGUUACAAGAAAGUCGCUGUCCUGCUUUUACUCUAGUGUGACUGAGCUGUAAAGAGGACCUGUUAUGCUCGUUUUCUAUUACACACACUGUUAUGAUGUAAAUGUUCAUAGUAAGAGAUAAUUAGAUAAACACAUUUGAACGUAAUCUCUGAAUGGGAGAAAUGAAACACCAAAAGCAUAACAAAACGGUUUACGGGACUUUUUUCUACUUCCUUAUUAAUAUGAUGAUGAUAUCAGCUUAUCAAGAAGAUAUGCAGACCUGUAUACAUAAAUUGACGGUGAUUAAGUUUGCUUCCAGUAGCUUACUUUUGCUUCCGCAAAGCAAACAAAGUUGCCAAAAUAAUAAAAUACAACGGUAUGCAUGACAGAGGGCAGCCUUAAAGAGAGAGCAGCUUAAAUAGCUUAUUUCACACAAUGUAAAAUUUCAAAUCGACAUAAGUAUGCUUUUUAAAAUGAGAAUAAACUGUAACAUUUGAGGGCAAAAUCAAAGAAAAUGGGAUUUAAAACGUAAACGUUUAGAAAUCCAAAUUGGAAAAGUGAUGCAUUUGAAUGCAUCACUUUUCAGUUCUGCUGAAGAAGCGCGGAUUGUUACACAAUUCCGUUUAUUUGCCAGUAGAUGGCGGGAGAAUUUCACUAGAGGCAGAGGAGAAAGUUGUGAUCUGUUGCCAUGGAGAGAAGAUUAAUUGCCCAAGACAUUCCAGACACUUAAGCUUGAAAGUUCCACAAUCUGUGAAGUUGAGUUCUGUAUGUUUUGUGUCUCUGUAAAUGGUACUGACCGUUUCAUGACAUUGUACCACUGACAGUCCUACUAUCUUUUCCAUCAAUCUUCUUUUUUUUU